GACGCAACCGUUCUCAGUGCGUUACUUCCGCUCGAGAGAAAAUGCCAGAGAUUACGCGUUAGGCAAGAAGCUAGCUUUUUGUCAAAUAUAGCCUAACGCCGAUUUUCUUCUCGAAGUAUUUUUCGUGUAACAGUUCGGUGUUAGUUUGAAGUUAACAAGAUGAUGAUGUCGAAAAGGAACCAGUGCACCUUCAUAGACUAUCUUCUUCCUCAAAAUGGAGUCCUGGAGGGACCAAUGCACUACGGAUCGGGAAAUUCCUCUCCGCAGAAUGCUACAGGCUCCUCUAAAGACUCUAGCAACGGGAUUGUGUCCAAUGGUACCCCCAAACGGCCGAACAACCUCGAGGUAACCUCAACAAACGGGUAUAAAACAAAAGCUAUCCGGGACCGGGAGGAAGACGGUUCGUUGCCGAGCACCCCGGAGUUUCAUUCGGACAGUGAAUCCGACGAGGAGCUGGAGAGAGAAACGAAACUCCUUAUUCACAGUUUUUUGGGUGACUUUACUGGACUUUCUCAGCCUCAACGAAAGGAAACCAAAGCACUAAAAACGAUGAAAAGAGUUGUUGCGGACGUAUUAGAAAAGCACAGAUACGCUUACAAUGGAAUGAUUAAUAAAUUAUCAUUGGAUGAAAGAGACGAGGAUAUGUCAUUUGUCGGUGCUGUAGCGAAGAGCCUCUUUGGAGACAGCACGACCAACUGGGGUCGUAUUGCCAGCUUUGUGGCCUUCGGGGCAGUGGUCUCUCAGCACCUGAAGGAAAAGGGCAGGGACAACUGCGUGGCGCUAGUGAGCCAAGAGAUUUCUGCAUACCUGCUGUCUGAACAGCGAGACUGGAUUGUCAAAAACAAUGCAUGGGAUGGCUUUGUGGAGUUCUUUCGAAUAGCAGACCCUGAGUCGAUAGUCAGGCACACACUCAUGGCCUUUGCUGGAUUUGCUGGUAUUGGGGCAACACUGGCCCUGUUGAUCAGGUGCUGGGAUGCAUUAUUGUGACCUUCCACUGGAACGACAGUGUUGCCAAGAUGAAAGUUCAUCAGCUUAAUAAACUCUAUACUGUUUCUAUCCAGCUCUGUCGCAUCCUCAUCCUCUGCAUCUUCCAUUCAUCACUAUCACAUUACACAUUGUGAUUGUAGAUCGACUUAACAUAAUGGAAACCUGCACAUUUAAAACUCAAAGCCUAGCUUCUCUAUCCCAGCUGUUAAACUAUUAGCUAAAAAACUCAGGGUUUUUGCAGCAAACAUGCACUUUAUUUUUUAUUUUUUAUUUAUUAAUUUAUAUGAAGGCACUUAACUGAUCUGUUUGAUUUAAUUAUUUUUAUUUUAUUAUUUUAUAACCAUGACCUCCUUGAGCCUGGUUCUGAUGGAGGUUUCUUCCUGUUAAAAGGGAGUUUUUCCUUCCCCCUGUUGCCAAAGCACUUGCUCAUAGGGGGGUUCACAUAAUUGUUGGGUUUUCUCUUUUCUUUGUAUUAUUAUAGGGUCUUUACCUUACAAUAUAAAGUGUCUUGAGGCAACUGUUGUUGUGAUUUAGCGCUGUAUAAAUAGAUAAAAUUAAACUGAAUGAAGAACCUUUAUUUUAAUUGCUUCAGUUGUGAGUUACAUGUUUCUUAGUUCUGUCUGUCCAUUUAAUAAAACUGAACAAAUGUCAGUUUUGUGGCCCUGAAAAUACUGAAACCAGUACAUGACGCUCUUAACAUUA